ACCGCUUGGGUUGCUAUUUAUAAAUGGGUAUCGCUAAGUAAAGCCCUGUCAUUUCCCAACCGCCGCAGGGCGCGCAGUCAAGUAUUGCAUACUGUAGUGGCGCAGAGCCACUUUGAAUACAAAGGCAAGGAAGUUGGUGCUCCUCUAACAAAGGGCAAGCCGACCAAAGACAUAUAGAUGAGAGGACAAUUUAUUUGUUCCCUUCGUCUUGUUGAAUCACGGAUAUUUUGUAAAGCUCAUCGGAAGCCCUAGGAAAACAGUAGAAGGAAGGCAAGUUUUCCAUGCACAUGUUCUGUGGAUGAUUUAAACAAACUGAAUAAUUAUUAGAGUAUUGACGGAGAAGCGUUGCAAGGAUUUCUUGUUGUAGAUGAAUGUUCAAGCUGUUUAGCACCACAAUUCUGCUUCGGGUGGUCUUCAGCCAGGAACGGCAACUUCACCCCCACACCAGGUAGCUGUGCCGAACCUGUUAACGACCAGAGGCUGGGUGCGGAUCCCGUUGGUUCAUCAAGUCCGCGGCGAAGGCAUCACAAACGUUACGAUCUGGCUUCGAAUGGCCCGCACGGUCCAUCACCAUACUCAGCAGGUUUCGGUAAAUUGAUUUCGCUCGCUUCAAUCCACGCUUCGCCGAUAUAACAUGAUGAAUCAGAACGGCCGAUGAAAGCGAGUGAGCAACAUCAACGUGGGAUGCAUAAUCCAUUCUGUUCAUUCAUUAUUGUUAUUAUUGGAAGCGCAGUGAAAGCUUUGGAGCAUUCCUAGAAAUUGUCUUCAGCGGACGGAAGAGAUUUUUCAAGAGAUUUAGGGAAUUCGAUCUGAAGUUUUGACAACUACGCUACUAACCAUGGAUGUGGCGCUUGCCAAGGGUUUCUUUUUGUUGUACUCAAUAAUCGAACAUUCUAAGAAAAGGCUGACAAAAUCAAUUCUCGGAACAGUCUCUGGACAUGUUUAAAAGGACUAGGUGCGUGUUAAAAUAUUCAUGUUUCUGAAGAAAAUCGUGAGGUAGCUGGACAAAUGUUUGACACUUACAACAUGCCAGCUGCUCAUGCAAGCAAUCUUUCCAUAGUGAGUGGACUGGAGACAAACCUCUCUAAAAAUAUAGUGGCAGCAGACUACAAUGGGAAAAUGGCAGUGAUCGGUGGUGUCGAAGAUGACCCCGUGAAAAUAGCCAUAACAGUAACAUUAAUGUCAGUGGUUUUUCUAGUCACAAUCUGCAGCAACCUUUUAGUGUUUGCAGUAUUUUACAAGCGCCGGUCGGCAUUGUUGACUAUAUCGAAUCGGUUUAUAUUGAAUCUGGCUGCGGGUGACUUUCUGAUGGGACUUCUCGUAAUGCCGUUUGCAUUGACAUCAGCGUGGACCCAGGAAUGGGUUUUUGGCAACCUCUGGUGCCAGGUCACGGGGGUGUCGAACACGCUGCUUUUCGCCGCGUGUAUUCUUACUCUGUUGCUCAUAUCGGUGGACAGAUACUCAGCUAUUACUUCACCGCUGCAUUAUUCUAUGAGGUUCACGACACUGCGUGCCAAUCUCAUGAUCUGCGCGGUAUGGAUUCUGGCUAGCUUAUUUGCAAUCCCACCACUGUUCGGAUGGAACUACAUCGAAUUCCAAAAGCACAAAUGUCUCUGCACUGUCAAGUGGCGAACACAAGUCUUAAAGGACAAAUUUUACACAAUAUUUUUAUCAGUAUUAUGUUUUAUCAUUCCUUUUCUAAUAACAUUAUGGGUUUACAUCACUGUAUUUCGAGCAGCUCAGAAAACGAGCGCGCGGGCAAGGCGAAAUAGCGUUCAACCCGAGCUCAGUAGCGACGAUCUCUUACCCCGGGAGGGAUCGAGGAGGGGGAGCGCUCAGGGUGUUGCUGGCAACAACGGGCUUCGACGGCGAAGCAGCAUUCUAAGCCGCAGUAUUUCGCUCUUUCACAAAGAUGAUCGUAAAGCAGCAAAAACUGGCAUGAUCGUGAUGUCGACAUUUUGUAUAUGCUGGGUACCAUAUUUCAUAAUUAUUGUCCUCGAGUCGACUAUGUCGGACCCCUCAAGUAUACCUUCUUUGGUGGAAGUUUUGUCCAUUUGGCUGGCUUUUACGUCGUGUGCACUCAAUCCCAUAGUGUACGUUUUCAGGAAUAGAGUGAUUCAAAAGGAGUUACGGAGAUUAUGGAAAAAAUGGAAGUGCAUGAAAGAUCGAUCGCAUUUUAGAGAUAACCAAAGGAAUAAAAGUGUCAUUAGCUUUAAAGAAACCAAAGACAGAGAGGCUUUACAAGGAGUUGAUACAAAACAGAAUUGUUUGAAGGUUCGGUCAUUUUCAGCAAGUUCUACCAUCAACCGAUCUGACUCAUCGUCUACAACUUCAUCAGGCAACGAAAAAAUGAAGAAAGCUGUUACUAUUAGUUUGCUUGACAAUCACACAGACGGCAGACAAACGAGCGAACACCACGAACCUGUCGAAAACUGCAACAAUCAGGAAACACGUAAUCACAAAACAACGACUGAAAUGUUAGACACAGAAAUGAAGACCAUGGCAUCCCCUUCAUCAGGUACAAGUUUGUCAAACUUGGCCGAAGGCGCUGAUAACAUAACUAGAACUAAAGGGGAUGGUGUUCAUUUCUUUAUUGGAUGAUUGGCAGUUUCAAAGUGUUUCUUUUCAAUGGCAUUUGUGCAAUAGAUACCCGGUCAGUGUUUAAUUUCGAUUUAUUUGAAUUUAGUUUGAUUUACAAUUCAAUGUAACAUUUAACAUGGUGAAGUGGUCGUUUUCUAAAACCAAUAUGAUGGAUGCCAUAAUUUACCAAAGGGUGCGUAUUUCCGGCGGGCCUUGGAAAACAAAUUAUAUAAGUCUGCAAUUAAUCAUGACAUUCUGUAAUAUCAUAUUUAUAAAUCAUAAUGGUGGAGACGAGCGAGAAAGCAGCUGCCGUCAGCAUCUCGACAGCCGCGUGAAAGUUUGGUCCCCAGGCCUUUUAUAUAUUUGUCAUUGUUAGACUCUCUGACAAGUGAACAAGACUCGCAAGCAUUUCCGAUGUUCUAUGUAUUGACCUUUUUUCUCUAGUUUCAUAUGAGAGUGACUGGAUACGUCCGACUUGCUGUGAAGUCAAGAGUGAAACCUUAAACGUGCAAGAUCAAAAGCUGAAUUCUGUCGAAAGGAAUAGUGAAGGAACAUGCACGGGUUUCUGUUACAUAGUAAUAAGAGAAGAGUCAGGUGUAAGUGGGAUUCCCACUCAGAUUCACUUCGGUGAGAUUUGCUGGUAUCUUAAGAAAGGUUAAUCUUUUUCGAGUUCUUUAUCCCUUUUAUUAUUGAUUACGUAACUUCAUCCUGCAUAUAUUUUGUAAAUAUUGAUUGAUAUAUAAUGUGUUCGUAUGCAUGUUUCAAAUCUAUCCCUUUACCUCUGCAGGGUAUGUAUACGUUGAAUAUAGGUGCUAAUUUCGUUAAGGCUCAUUGAACUUAGAAUUGAAAUCACUGACCGUGGUUAAGAUAACAAAGUGAGCAUGUAAUUUAUGUCUGAGAACGGUACGGUAUGAAAAUGCAUGGAUGAAUGGAGUGCGUGCUCGAGACAAUCUUUAUACGUUACG